AUGGCAGCCACAAGAAAUGUGAUGAGAGCUGUCAGAGUUUUUGAAUUUGGUGGCCCUGAAGUGCUUAAACUCCAGUCAGAUGUCUUAAUUCCCGAUCCAAAAGAAAAUCAGGUGUUAAUUAAAGUCCAUGCCUGUGGGGUAAAUCCUGUUGAGACAUAUAUUCGUUCUGGAAAUUAUGCUAGAAAACCAGCUUUACCCUACACUCCUGGCUCAGAUGUGGCCGGUGUAAUAGAAAGUGUUGGGGAACAUGUGACUGCAUUCAAGAAAGGUGACAGGGUUUUUACCAUUAGUACGGUCUCUGGAGGAUAUGCAGAUUAUGCAGUUGCUGCAGCUAAUAGAAUCUUUCCUUUGUCGGAUAAAUUGGACUUUAAGCAAGGAGCAGCAAUUGGGAUACCCUACUUCACUGCUUAUCGUGCUCUUUUCCAAAAAGGACGUGCCAAAGCAGGGGAAAGUGUGCUAGUGCAUGGUGCGAGUGGGGGAGUGGGAAUAGCAACAUGUCAGAUUGCCAGAGCUUGUGGUUUAAAGGUUUUGGGUACAGCAGGAACUGAGGAAGGCAUGAACAUGGUUCUGAGAAAUGGUGCUCACCAAGCAUUUAAUCACAGAGAAGCUAAUUACACUGAUAAAAUUAAGGAAUACAUAGGGAUGAAAGGAGUUGACAUAAUAAUAGAAAUGCUGUCUAACAUCAAUCUUGCUACUGACUUGCAACUGUUGUCCUAUGCAGGAAGGGUGAUGGUUGUGGGCUGUAGAGGUCCUAUUGAGAUAAAUCCAAGAGACACUAUGAGUAAAGAAUCUAGCAUAAUUGGAGUUAGUCUGUUUCUUGCAACUGAGGAGGAGAUGCAUGAAUGUGCAACAGCAGUCCUCAAAGGCAUAGAAGCUGGCUGGCUGAAACCAAUUGUAGGCUCUGAAUAUCCACUGGCAGAAGUAGCUAAGGCUCAUGAAGACAUUAUUCAUAGCAGUGGUGCUCGAGGAAAGAUGGUGCUCCUUCCAUAA